AUGCGCUAUGAAAUAAACGGAAUAGAAAUUCAAAAAUUAAAAACACCUGGAGUUGCAUCUUGCUUGAAAGCAUAUUGUUCGUAUACUCCAACCGAUUUGAAUACGUUGGAGAACGCUGCUUGGGACUCGGCGAUGGAUGGUGAAGAUAAUAAAAACUUUAUGAGCAACAAUGUAUUUACCGGGUGUAUCCCUCUAAAACAUUUAUUCGGAUUUUGUGAAGACUAUAAAAAAAUAUUACUUAAUUGUAAUCAACAGCUGAUUUUAAAUCGCGCAUCUACCGACCUGGAUGCGAUACACGUUGUUGGCGAGGGCGCAACCGAAGCAGUCUCAAAAAAUAGAAAAAUUACAAUUGAACUUACUAGGGUGGUGUGGAAAAUGCCUAUUAUCAGAGUUAGUGAUAAAGAAAAAUUAAGGUUGAUAAAAGUGGUAGAUUCGUGUAAAACACUAUCAUGUGCGUUCAGAACCUGGGAUCUCUGCGAAUAUCCUAUUCUCCCUAGAAAUACCUCACAUUCGUGGACGGUAAAGUCCAGCAACUUGUUAGAAAAACCGAGGUUUGUGUUAUUCGGAUUACAAACAGAUCGAAAAAAAAAUAUUGAAAUAGACGCUGGACGCUUUGAUCACUGUCAACUAAAAAAUCUUAAGGUUCACUUAAAUUCUGAAGUGUAUCCAUAUGAAGACUUUCGUGCUGAUUUUAAAAAUAAUACAACUAGUAUACUGUAUAAGGCCUAUGCAGACUUUCAAAAAUCAUAUUAUGAGAAAGAGUAUAGUAAACCUUUAUUGUCAAAACAUAUUUUUCAAAACUAUUCACCAAUCAUCGUUGUUGAUUUAUCGUGUCAAAACGACAAUGUGAAGUCGUCAACCGUAGAACUACGUAUUGAAUUUGAAACUGAUACCGUUAUUCCGGAAAAAACUACAGCGUAUUGCUUAAUAUUACAUGACCAGAUUAUAAAUUAUAGCCCGUUUAGUGGCGAAGUUAGAAAAUUGUAA